CCGGCAAUGAGGCUCAGAGGAUCACGGCCUCCGCAGAUGUGGAGCAUUCCUUCCCACUUACUCAAUCUCUCAGAUGGCGAGGUUGUUGCCGGCAGUGGCAGCAGUCACCGCUGUCUUCCUUAUCCUUGGAGAAUCCGUUGAGACUUCGCCGGAAAACUUCGACGCCCUCCUCCGAUUACCGGUCGAGAGUUUAUGUCUUCAUCUUAUUGUUCCUGCUGGUUACCCGUGCUCCGAGAUCACUAUUCAAACGGAGGAUGGUUACUUGCUGGCUCUUCACCGUAUCUCGUCUUCCCGUCCUGAUAAUGCGGGACAACGUGGUCCUCCAGUUCUGCUUCAACAUGGACUCUUCAUGGCAGGUGAUGCAUGGUUUCUUAAUACUCCAGAACAAUCAUUGGGCUUCAUCCUAGCAGAUCAAGGUUUUGACUUAUGGGUAGGAAAUGUGCGGGGAACACGCUGGAGUUAUGGGCACACAUCUUUAUCUGAAAAGGAUAAGGAAUUUUGGGAUUGGAGUUGGCAGGAAUUGGCCAUGUAUGAUCUUGCAGAAAUGAUUGAUUACAUACACUCGGUAACAAACUCAAAGCUCUUUGUUGUAGGACAUUCACAGGGGACAAUUAUGUCUUUGGCCGCCUUCACCCAGCCAGAUAUAGUAAAAAAAGUUGAGGCUGCUGCUCUUCUAUCUCCAAUAUCUUACUUGGAUCAUGUUGAUGCACCUUUUGUACUUAGAAUGGUGAACAUGCACAUUGAUCAGAUGAUCCUUGCUAUGGGUAUUCAUCAACUCAACUUGAGAAGUGAUUGGGGUGUCAGUCUUUUAGAUUCAAUAUGUGAUAGCCGUUUAAAUUGCAAUGAUUUGCUGACAUCAAUAACAGGGAAGAAUUGCUGCUUCAAUAAUUCACGUGUGGAUUUUUAUCUGCAAUAUGAACCUCACCCAUCAUCCUCAAAAAACCUGCGCCAUCUGUUCCAGAUGAUCCGUAAAGGUACUUUCGCUCAGUAUGAUUAUGGAAUCCUAAAAAAUCUAAGAGUGUAUGGCCAGUUGAAACCUCCAGAAUUCAAUCUUGGCAACAUACCCAAAUCAUUGCCUCUAUGGAUGGCUUAUGGGGGAAAUGAUGCUUUGGCAGAUAGGAUUGAUUUUGCUCACACUCUGAAGGAAUUGCCAUCCACACCAGAGCUUCUUUUUCUUGAAGAUUAUGGUCAUGUUGACUUUAUUUUGAGUCUAAACGCUAAAAGAGAUAUUUAUGACCAUAUGAUUGGAUUUUUAAAAUCAUUCAAGAACUUUAGUGGCUCUGCUAGUUGUAAUGUUUGCAAUUUUUAGAAGUCGUGGAUUCACAUUUAUCCUGUGGGUAUAAAUAAAGCUGAGAACCAAUUUGAUGACUGUACAA